AUGGCGACUCAGGCAGCCUUGAUUGCCGAUACAAUUAUCGGGAUGAAGAGAGCAUUGCGCAGAGAACGCGAUGAUCUUUUCACUGACGUUCUGACCCUCGCAGACUCUGUCCCCGAUGAUCCUAUCAUGCAGCCCACGAAUCGUGGUAAUAAAAUGAAAGUAAACGCCAAAUACGUUCGUGAGGGAGCAAUGGGCUAUAUCAAUGCAGAAGAAUUCUACAGAGAGAAGGUCGAACACGCCGGCUACACACGUCAUAUAUUACAACGAAAUCCUACCCGUUACGAUUCAGAGGGGGAUGAACUUGACGAGGAAGAUGAAGAUUCUGAGGCUGAUACCGCGGCGGCCGAAGAGAACCCGUUUUCGGGAAUUGCACUAGAAACCCUUUUAUGUCCCUUGAAACACCCCUCCGAACUCCCCUCCCACCCUUCGCUGUCCCAGGCGUAUACCUCGCAGGCCCUGGAACAAAUGGCAGCCGCUGUCGAAGAGAAGUUGCGCCAGGAAAAGGCUCUCCUGUGGCGUGCCCGAAAUCUUCACCGCAACUUUCUGGGGGACGCCGGCUGGAUGCCCUGCGGCGCCGUGGAAACUCCCGAAGACCGUUACAUCUUUGAGCCUAGGGCUGAGGGUGAGCAUGCCCGUGCAGCCACGGGACGACAAAAGCCAAGCAGACCCGAAACUUCAUCUGCGAACGGCGAUACCAACGGGGCACCCGGGACAUCGUCUACGGCAUUCAUGGAAGCGCAUCAUACUCAGAGUGGGACGGGGAGCGAACCCCGGACCGUAGAGAAUGAUGCGGAGAUGGCUGAUUACCCAGCUGGCUUUGGAGAACCAACAGCGAGCAUUGAAACCAGGGAACCCAACAAGGCACUCAAAUCAGAGGAAGCUGAUGCUACGGUGAACGACCUUCCACCCCAUCCCAAGAAUGCAGACGAGCUCGCUCUAGGGAACGGGGCCAAUUUCGGCCAAAACGGGGGAUUUGCUGCCAAUGACAAAGCAGAAGAAAUGGACACCUCUGGCGAUGGAGAGAAGGCCGAUGCCAGAGGUACAAACGUGGAAUUGAACGGAAUACACGAUGAUGCUGAGCAUGAUGCUGAGAUGCAUGACGGCUCAUCGCCCGAGCCACCCCGGCGUAUGACGACCCGUGCGCAGGCCAAUGCAGCCAAUCCGCAAGAUGAAGACCAAUCUCUAUCUUCGGAUAUGACCAGCACCUUUCUCACCCCACACCCGCUUUUUCUUAUCCCUGAAAACGUUCGCCCAGAUGCGAACUUCGGCCUUCCUGCCACCGAGGCUGAAGAAACUCGUCGCCUUCUAUGGUCUUACAUCCAAAAACAGGAAGAGACGGUACGGGGAUUCGAGCGUAUGCUCGAUUCAUUGUUCCGGGCUUGCCAUAUGAAGGCCGAUGUGCUCGAAUGGUGCAAGGCUGAGGGCCACGUGGGUGAGAUGAGUGACGGCGAGGACUGGUACGAUCGUGAGAAAUGGGGACUUGCGGAAGGCGAGGAUCUCAAAAAAGGGACCGACGAAGACGAAGUGGAGACAGUGGAUGAUAGUCGAACGACGACGGCCAAACGAGGUCGCGGGCGACGUGCAUAA